GCAGCGCGCGGGCGGGAGGUUUGGAGCCUCCUGGCGCUGAGCGGUUUUGCGACGUUGGGGACGUGGCGGCUGCGGUGUGCUAGAGCCUCACACGCUGAGCUCUGCCUACUGGAUGGCAGUUUCCCUCAUUUCAUUUUUAGGUUUAGAAGCAUCAACUGGAAUCGAUUUACAUUUGAAAAUUGGACUUGAUACUGUGACUUUACUAGCAAACAAGCAAUGUCAUCUAAUGAACAAGAAAGGCUCUUCUGUUAUAAUGGAGAAGUCCUUGUUUUUCAUUUGUCUAAAGGAAAUUUUGUAGAUGAAGGGCCUACAAAAACAACUGUGUUACAUGUCCGAAGAAUGGUAUUUGACAGAGGAACAGGAGUAUUUGUUCAGAAAUCCACUGGAUUCUUCAGCAUAAAAGAAGAAUACUCUCAUUUAAGAAUUAUGGGUUGCGACUGUGUUUCAGAUUUCAGAACUGGAAUUAAUCUGCCUUAUAUUAUGAUACAGUGCAUUAAAAAGAGUAACGUUUUCAGAUAUUUUCUACUAUUUCUUCACAGUACCAAUAAAUUUGAAAAGCGUUUGAGUUUUAGCCUACACUGUGAGUUGAAGGACAGCAUAAGGGUCCUUAAUGGCCCUUUAGUUUUAUGGAGACAUAUCCAAACAUUCUUUUAUAUCUCUUCCCAAACUGGCAAAGUUGUUACUAUGUCCAUUAAGUUUUCCUCUAUUGAGUGGGCAGGGGAGAUUGAAAAUGUAGGUAUGGUUUUGUUAGGACGAAAGAGAUGUAACUUAUCUGAGGAAGGAUGUACCCCACAGCCUUCAAAAUCAGAUUAUGCAACUUGGAAUACUCAAUUUUGUGUAUACUCGCUCGAAAGGGAAGAAGUAAUAAGUGAUACAUACAUUAUCCCUCCUGUUUAUACCAGUGUGAUAACAUGUGUGCAUGUCUGUGCAACUGAGAUUGUCAACAACCGGUUAAGAAUGUCGCUGAUUGCUCUUACUCAAAAGAAUCAGCUGAUUUCAUUCCAAGAUGGGACUCCUAAAAGUGUGUGCCAGCUUCCAUUUGGAGAUCCUUGUGCAGUUCAACUUAUGGAUUCAGGUGGAGGAGACCUCCUUUUCGUCAUAUCCUUUAGGGCCAGUGAUGCUUGUGCUGUUUGGGAAAAGAACUUUCAGGUUGCUGCUAAGUGGGAGAAAGUUAGCUCAGUACUGAUAGAUGACUUUCUUGGAACUGGAACUGAACAAGUACUGCUACUUUUUAAGGACCCCUUGAAUUCAGAUUGCCUCAGUUCCUUUAAAAUAACAGACCUGGACAACUUAAACUAUUCAAGUGAAUCAUUGGAUUACAAUGAAGAUGACUUAUUUGACGGCAAAGAGAAUUAUUUGGUGGUUCCACCUCUGGAAAGAAGAUUGAAAGUUGGUUUGGUUUCUGUUCAGGAAUUACAGCAGCAUCUCUUGCUUAAGGAAAAAGUUAUUUCAAAAUCUUACAAGGCUUUAAUGAACCUGUUUCAAGGGAAGGAUGAUAGUACAUCAAGUGCAGAGGAGGAAUGUCUUGCCACUCUUUGUGGUGAAGAAGAAAAUCCUGUCUAUACCUUUGAUGAAAAGUUAUCAGAUAAUUUUCAAGAUUCAGAACAGCUAGUAGAGAAGAUAUGGUAUCGUGUAAUAGAAGAUAGCUUGGUUGUUGGAGUGAAAACCACAUCUUCUUUGAAGGUGUCCCUGAAUCAUGUGACUUUAUCGCUGUCAAUGGAUCAAGCCCCUAACUCCAGCUUUCUGCUCAUUAAGUGUCAAAGUAGGGUGAUCAAGUUGAGUAGGAAAUCUUCCCCAGUACCAGGCUCAGUGCCAUAUGAAAUAGGAUCAGAGGUAAAAAAAAUCAAGUUGAGUGUUGAUAGUGAGGAAGAGGAAGAGAAAGAGGAAAGCGUUGUUUUUGUACAACCAUCUGAGAAAGAGUAUGUGCAGAUGAUUACUGCUGUAACAUCUCUUUCGCCACUUUUAGCAUUCGGUAAUUUUUGUUGCAUUGUGCUGCUACAAAUUAGAGAGAGAGAGAAUGGUAACCGUUCUGCAACUCGUUAUGUUCAGUGUGGCAGAAUUGCUUUAAGUCUAGAAGAUCUUUCAAGUGGGAAAUACCUGCUGACAUUUCCAAAGAAGAAACCUAUAGAACACAUGGAAGAUCUCUUUGCGCUUCUCGCGGCCUGGCAGAGAGCUUGUUUUCAAAUCAUAUCACCCAGCUAUGCUCUGACUUCAAUGAAGGUAUGGCUCUUAGAACACAUGGAAUGUGAAGUUAUCAAAGAAUUUCCAGAAAUUUGCUUUUGCAAAAGGCCAGGAAGCUUCUAUGGGACACUCUUCAACUGGAAACAAAGAACACCAUUUGAAGGGAUUUUAAUAGUCUAUUCCAGGAAUCAAACAGUUUUGUUCCAGUGCCUUCAUAAUCUCAGCAGUGUUCUCCCUAUAAACAGUUUCUUCAAAUAUCUAAAAUUAGGAAGUGAGGAUUUCCUAAUUGGUCAUUUGGGAUUAGCUUUGGAGAAGGAAUUGGUUAUCCUUGGUUCUUUUUCUUCUGCCUUAGUUAAGGUUGAAAGCAACUUGGUGCAGAGUUGUGAAGCAAGCAAAGAAAAGACUAGUGGUGAUGUGGCUGCUUUAUCAGACAUAGAGGAAAGCAUCCAUGCCUACAGAAAAGAACUUCAGAGAGAAAAGAAGCAAAAGUUGGGGACGAACCUAAAAGUGAGUGGUGCCCUUUACAGAGAAAUGACUUUGAAAUUAGCUGAGGUUCAGCUGAAAUCAGACCUUGCUGCCCAGAAAGUGACUGAUUUAUAAUUACAAUCUCGGCUUGGUUAUAUUUUAGAAUAUUUUUCCCUGCCAGAAUGUUUUGGUCCUACUUGUUUUCAUCUUACAUUAUAUGCCUUCUCUGUAAAAGUAAAGAUUGAGGCUUAGUGUAGAAUCUUGAAGAUGCACAAAAUAGCAUGCCUUAGAGCAGCACUUCUCACCUAGGCUCAUUUUGCCUCCCAGGGGCGUUUGGCUAUGUCUGGAGAUAUUUUUUGGUUGUCAGGAGUAGUGGCAGGUGGGGAGGGCAAGAGAGGGGUGCUAUUCAGAUCUAGUGGGUUGAGGCGAGGGAUGCGGCUAAACUUCCUACACAGCAAAGCACAGCCCCCGACAGGGGAGGGUCCAGCCCAAAUGUGAGUAAUGCCCGGGGUGGAGAAAUCCUGCCUUAGUGUUUCCACUUAAGACAUAGGUGAUGGAACAAUAUUUUGUUCUAAAUCUUCAAAAAACCUUAAGUAGCCCUUUUAUUAUACUCUGCUUAGUAAAACCUAGCAUAUAAAAAUGAGCUUCAGGGCUUCCCUGGUGGCACAGUGGUUGAGAGUCUGACUGCCGAUGCAGGGGACAUGGGUUCGUGCCCCAGUCCGGGAAGAUCCCA